CCUCCCCCCUCUGCCUCUCCCCGCAGCGCACACCGCCGACGCCCAGCCGCUCCCCCGCCGAGCGCGCCCACCACGCAGAGAAGCCCGGCGGAAAGAGGAAGUACAAGAGCCGACACCUGGACAGCAGCGCCAGGGACCCCACCUGGAGGCUGAACGGGGGGCGGCGGAGGGAGAGGAGGAAGGAGCGGAGGAAGAGGAGGGAGAAGGAGAGGCAGGAGGGUCAGCAGGAGAACGGAGCUCUGCGAGAAGAGAGCAGGAAGAGGUCCAGAGAAGACCGCAGUCCCAGUGUGGAGAUCAUCUACGAGGGCACCAUCACCUCGCAGCCGCCAGGAGACAAACGCCGCAGGAAACGCCAUCGCAGAGCGCGGCACAGCAGAACCCCAGGUCCAGUUUGUCCCCUGAUGCCAGGACAAACCCCAGGUCCAGUUUGUCCCCCGAUGCCAGGACAAACCCCAGGUCCAGUUUGUCCCCUGAUGCCAGGACAAACCCCAGGUCCAGUUUGUCCCCUGAUGCCAGGACAAACCCCAGGUCCAGUUUGUCCCCUGAUGCCAGGACAAAGACUCCUCAGGAAGACAGUCCUGAUGAGACCAAACACCAUUGGACAUCCAUCCCACAGAGUCUUGACUUCCAGACCUGCAGUGGCUCCGCCCCCUCACCGCCCCCUCUGGACGUCCCUCCUCUCCUGAGACGGGCCAGUCCGGUCCGGUCCUACAACAGGAACACCCCCCCGCCCCUCAAACACAAAGACGCUGGGAGUCCUCAGAGGACUGCCACGUGUCCCAGAGACCUCCUGCCUCACUGCUCCUCUGACCUGGACCCGGGGGGCGUGGCCUACCGACAGACCAUCCCUCCCAUUGAAACGCUGCAGGCUCACCUGAGGAAGGUGACCCCCCACUUCACUCCUCCAGAGACACCCCACAGCUCAGACCUGUCCUGUGUCUCCAGAGGGGACGCAAUUAAGACCACCAGUCCAGACUCUUGGGUGUCUCCUGUAGACCUCCACCCACCCAGAUCCUCAGGACUGGACUCUAACGACGCACUCCCUGAGACCAGGAGAGCGAGUCCUGAACCUGGGGUUGACCUCCUGUCCCUCAUCCCGUCCUCAGGAGGACAGCUGGACAGGAGGACAGCUGUAAACCACGCGGCCUUAUCUCCGUCUCCAGUCCAACACCCGGACACCUUCCACCAAUCAAAGUCCAGCUUCAAGUGUCCCCAGUCCUCUGACUCCGCCCCCCAGCCUCCUCACGCCAAUCACUUAAUGAGAGACCUGCAGAUCUUUGAAGACCUCCAGAACUCGUUCAGGGUCAGGUCUCCAGACUCCAACACAAACCCUGAACCUGGACCUGGACCCUGACCGAGAGGACGACAUGGACGUUUUUGUUUUCAUCAAAAUCUGUUGAAAAGAGACCAAACUCCUGUUUCUGAUGUGAAUCACAAAGCUCUUUGUUCUUUUUGAGCCGUUUAACCGUUUUUUAUUUUAUUAUUGUUAAAAAAACACUUUUUGUUAAAGUUAGGAUGAAGGACUGGACCCAGAUUCUGAUCAGACCUGUCCAUCAAGCUGUUUUACAAUCUGUAGAGAGGUUAAUGCAGGUCAUUCCAGCUGAUGUGGGCGGAGCCUGCAGAUAAACAGUGUAUAGAUAACACUUGUUCUGCAGGAAACAAAGUUCUGAAUAAAGGUUUGGUUCAUGCA